AUGGACACAGACACAGGCAUGCACCAAAACCAACACAACAACCAACAGUUCAAAACACUGCACCACAACCAACAGUUCAAAACACUGCACCACAACCAACAGUUCAAAACACUGCACCACAACCAACAGUUCAAAACACUGCACCACAACCAACAGUUCAAAACACUGCACAGCAACAACCACAAACAGAGCAAGGACAUAAAAGAAGUAGAGAACAAGGAAACCAAGAAUUCUUAA